ACCACAACUUGCUCUCCAAGUCCACACAGCUUUUUGCAGUGGUUACCUCACCCUGGACUGAACUUCUUCCGUUUCUGCCUGUCAAACGUCCCAGUCCACCUAAAACAUGUGGUGACGCCCAUGGUGACCCCAGGCCAGCCCAGAGUUAACCUCCCAGCGCGGACUGAGGCUCCGGUUAGGCUUCCGGACUUCCGGCUCCGCCAGGCCACACCCGACCGCUUCCAGGCUGCAGCAGCCCGGAAGGCCACACCAGACACUAGACCCAGAGAGGGCGUUUCCGGUGCGCCCCGCCUCGUGAGGACCAAGCCACGCCCACUCCGAGGGGCGUGGUCUCCGACCGGCGCGGGAAAAGGGGCCGGCGCCGCGUGUGCGCGCUCAGCCGGCGAUCGCGCGCAGCACGUUCCGGGUGGGGAUGGCGGCGGCGGCGGCUGGGAGCGGGACGCCCAGAGAGGAGGAGGCUCCUGGAGGGGAGGCCGCGGCUACGCAGGCCCAAGCCCCGACGACUGCACCCGGGGCUCGGCUCUCCAGGCUGCCUCUGGCCAGAGUGAAGGCUCUGGUGAAGGCGGACCCUGAUGUAACGCUCGCGGGACAGGAAGCCAUCUUUAUCCUGGCGCGUGCCGCGGAACUGUUCGUGGAGACUAUCGCAAAGGAUGCUUACUGCUGUGCUCAACAAGGAAAGAGGAAAACCCUCCAGAGGAGAGAUUUGGAUAAUGCAAUAGAAGCUGUGGAUGAAUUUGCUUUUCUAGAAGGUACCUUGGAUUGAUUACAGAGCUGGAUGACUUGGUGAGCCUUUGCUGCAUCCUUCAUCUUUCCCUGUGCAAGCCUCAGCUUUGGAGAGAGUCUGCGCAUGCACACAAUCUUCUUCUACUUUACCCAAGCUGCAGACAUCUCCACAAAGUCUUCCCUUCCUCAGUCUGUCUUCCACAGCCUGGAUGUAGCCUACGCUGCUUGGGGCAGCGAUGAGAGGACCGUUCCGCAUAAGUGUGGCUCAGUGAGUGAGGAGACCAGAAUAAAGGUCUUUGGUCAGCUUCGUUCCUGUGUCUUAUGGUCCUGCCUUUGCUCUUGCCCUGUGACCAGAGAACCCUGUGGUCAGGCACAGACUUUUCCUCAUCUACCAACCAUCCUGAGUCAACGUUUUUAUUAACUUGGUUCUUUCUCAGCAUGUCAUUGGAAUGUGGGUCUAAAAUUUAUGGGAUACUGUAACUCCUCCUUAGGAGUCGAAUCAGUGUGGUCCUAAGUUUUAUUGAAGUAUAAUUCACGUGUCAUAAACAAUUUAAACUGUAAAGUUCAGUGUUUCUUUAAUAUUCAUAGGUAUGUGUAGCGACUGAACAUCUUCCUGUGAACAGAUUCACAUGAGUCUUUUUUGUUUGACAAGAUUUAGAUUAUGUUAUUUAAAUUUUAUCUAAGCUAUCAUAUGUAUUUGUACCCUUUAAGUUGUGAGAUAUACAUAAUAUAAAGCUUCCCAUUUGAGCUGCUUU